AGUGGGCUGGCCCCAACCAGCAACUUACCCAACGCAACGGCGCAGCGCCGGACGCAAGAGGCUUCAGAACAGCGUGCGGCGUUCCCGUGAUCUUCCCGGCGGAAGCGGUUGAUUCGAGCCUCUCUCUCUCAUAUGAACUUUCGGUGGCUGUGGUAUCAAAUCACUGGCAACUUGGCAAGUCCCCCGCUGCGAGUAUAAACUAUAAAGUUCUUAUUACGUCAAAGACCCCAGUAGGCUCCGACUUGGUCUAGGCGUAGUGGAAAGUUGGUGCCAUGUCUGCCAGUAAGAUUCGGUCAAGUAGUUUUUCCCGCAACUUUUCAGCUGUACCUACUUCACAGAUCCCUGGACUGAAGUCCGGACCAAAUGGCGCAAUCUUUAUUUCAUCUGGGAUACCAGAUCUUGACAAGAUUUUAGGAGGUGGUUUGGCUUUGGGAAGCUUAGUCAUGGUGAUGGAAGACCCUGAAGCACCUCACCAUAUGCUUCUGUUGAGGACUUUCAUGUCUCAAGGACUGGUUCACAACCAACCUCUUCUUUACGCUGGUCCAUCAAGAGAACCAAGAGCUUUUCUUGGUACUUUGCCCACUCCAGUAUUGUCUAAAGAUGAUAAAUCUCGUGAUCGUGACACAGAACAGGAUAAGGGAUUGAGGAUAGCAUGGCAAUAUAAAAAAUACUUUGGUGAACAUCAGCAAAAUUUUGAGGGUCAGAAAGAUGGGAAACCGGAGUUCUGCUGUGACUUUGACUUGCGGAAGCCGCUAGAGAGGCACUUUCUCAGUAGCAACCAUAUUGAUUGUGUCAGCCUUCAAGGUUCUCUAAAUCUUGCCACUUUAAAGGACCAUUGUUCAGCAUUUUUAGCUCAGUUUACAAGAAACGGUGGAAACAUGACAUCUGCAGGUCGUAUUGCUAUUCAAUCAUUUUAUGCUCCACAAUGUGGAUAUUCCAACAUGGAGUGGGAAAUGCUUUCGUUUAUCAGAUCUCUGAAAAGCAUGGUACGGUCUUCAAAUGCGGUUGCUGUUAUAACCUUUCCAUCAUCUCUUGUUUCACCAACCUUCUUAAAAAGAUGGCAGCAUUUGGCUGACACCUUACUAUCUGUCAGAGCAAUUCCAGAUGAGGACAAGGAGUUGGCUAAUCUCCUCACUGGUUAUCAGGACAUGGUUGGCCUUCUCAAUGUACACAAAGUAGCUCGUUUUAAUACUCAGGUUCCUUUCAUUCUGGAGGCAACUACAUUCUCAAUGAAGCUCAAAAAGCGGAGGUCGUUGGUUUUGGAGUGUCUGAAUCAAGCCCCAAUAGACGGUUCAAGUGGGACUUCUUAUGGAACUUCUAGUAGUUGCUCUGGGUCAUCAACAACAGGGAAACUUGAUUUUUAGUUGCUGGUUUAAAUUUUUCCACUCGCUCGUGACCGAAGUUUGUCACUCAAGAUGGUCCAAAUUGGAACACAUGCCCUUCCUCAGGUUAAGGCUGAAUCUAAACAUGUCCUAUUUGAUUGAAGCCUUUUUGAUCAUGGUCCAGCUUUUGAGAACAAGUUCAGGUGCAGAAGAAUGAAGCUAUUAUACAGAAGACCCAAAAGUUGUUGGAAGUGUGAAUUCACCAUUUUAAGGAUUUUGUGUACCUCUGAAUGUCUCACUGCAAUGGCAAUACUUGCCUACAUUUAUCAAGACAGUACAUGAGGCAGUUUGUUAAUUAAUUUUUUAUUUGUUUUGUUUGUUAGAAUUAGUUAGUUGGUUAAGACAAGUAAAGUUGGUUACAACAGUUCUGUAUAUAUAUUUCCUUUUCUUCUCUGUUUUCUCUGAUUUUUUGUAUCAACGAGAGCCACACCUUGCUUCACAGAAAUCCACAACUUUUUCUAUCUCAGUAAUUCUUUGUUUUCU